AUGGUAACUCUCGAAGAAGCCACCGCGCUUCUCCAAAAGCCGGCCGAUGCCGCCGCCGCCUCAUCGACACUCAGUCGAGAUCCCUCCCGCUACAAACCUCUCAACAGUUUCGCCCUGCCCAAGGAGCGCUCAUACCAACAGCAGUAUGCCGACAUUUACUUCCUGCGUCUCACCUCUAUUCGGCCCGCCGUUGACGCCGCCGCUGCCGAGGCCUGGGACGGCACCAUCAUUGGCGGGGAGGAGGCCAAGCACGUCAACCGUGUUCUUGACGUCCGUCAGGGCGAGCUCUGUUGGGUGACAGGCACCGUCUAUAUUGACAUGGCUCUGAAGCCGAACAUCCUCGAGGACGUUUCCAAGGAUCGCUGGAUCUCAGCUCCCAUAUCUACGGACCGCUACUACUCGAAUGAGGACGACAAGGACAUGAUAAUGCUCGAGGAUGACUCGGGUCGCAUCCGCCUUGUUGGCGACGUCCUCAAGUCCAUCCACCUCGUCACUGGCACAAUCAUCGGCGUUCUGGGAUCCGAGAACGCAAACGGUGAGCUCGAGGUCAUCGACGUCAAGUUUCCGGACCUCGCCCCGCAGCCUUCCCGCUGGACCCUUACCGACAGCCCUUCCGAAGACCACAACAUGUCCGGCACCUCUACCCCGUCCCAACGACCCUCGUCCAAAAUCGCCAUUGUCUCGGGCCUCUCCUUCUCGGGCGGCGACGCAUCCUAUGCUCUCGAGCUCACCCUCCUUCUUGAAUUCCUCCUCGGCGAGGCCCUCACCCCUGCAACCCAGUCCUCAGAGCUCGCCCACGUGUCCCGCCUCAUCAUCGCGGGAAACUCCAUCGACUCCUCUACCCCAACACCCACCACCACGAACCCGGCCUCCAAGACGUCGACCAACAAGAAAUACGGCUACGACGCCAGCGCCUACAACCCGCUCCCCAGCCAGCUCUUGGACGACUUCCUCGCCGACCUGCUCCCCUCCAUCCCCGUCACCCUUAUCCCCGGCGCCGAGGACCCCGCCAACGCGAGUUAUCCACAGCAGCCCAUCCAUCCGGCCAUGUUCCCGCGCUCGAGACCUUACUGCGCUGCGCCCGGCGCCAAGGAGACCGGUUGGCUCGACACCACGACGAACCCCUGGGAGGCCGAAGUGGACGGGUGGAGGGUCCUCGGCACCGGCGGCCAGAAUGUCGACGACGUGUUUAAGUACGUUGACAGUGACGACCGGCUGGGCAUGAUGGAGGCCAUGUGCAGGUGGCGUUGCAGCGCACCUACCGCCCCCGACACACUUUGGGCCUACCCCUUCCAAGAUGACGAUCCCUUCGUCAUGAAGGAAGCCCCCCACCUCUACUUCGUCGGGUGCCAGCCUGAGUUCUCGACAAAAGUCAUUCAGGGCGACAACGGCCAGCAGGUCCGGCUCAUCACCGUGCCAUCUUUUGCAGAGAGCAAGGAGCUGGUUCUGGUAGACACGGAAACAUUGGAGGUUUCCAAGGUCAAAAUCAUGGCGGCAACUGCGACAGCGUCAUGA